AUGCUCUCUCACUCCAAACACGAGACUUUUGAGGGGCUCGUCCUCAGGGACGUAAUCCCAGACGGCCGCAAACCCUGGUAUCGUGAUUGGACCCUUCUGAAACUCAAUACCCUGCUUCUUUGCGCCCUCCUUACUCAGAUCGCCUCCGGCUACGACAGCAGCAUGCUCAACGGCAUGCAGUCGCUCCCGCAGUGGGUGAGCUACUUUGGCCAGCCGACGGGCACGCGUCUGGGCGCCAUGACAUUUGGACCGACAGGCGGCACACUGAUCUCGGUUUUGAUCUCAUCACAGCUAUGCGAGCGAUUUGGUAGACGGUAUCCGAUCUGCGGCGGAUCAAUCGUCAUAAUCAUCGGCGGGAUCCUUCAAGCCGCAGCGGUGAACUACGGCAUGUUCGUCCUCAGUAGAUUCGUUGUCGGCUUUGGACUGGGAAUAGUGGCUACUGCUGCGCCCCCGUUGCUUACUGAAGUGGCCUACCCAACGCACCGCGGGAAACUCGUCUCCUUCUACCUGGUUACUUGGCCACUUGGUUCGCUGAUCGCCGCCUGGGUGACAUACGGGACCUUCAAGAUGGAAGGGUCGGACUGGAGCUGGCGGAUCCCCAGCGCACUGCAAUGCUUCUUCUCGCUUGUCCAGGCAGUCCUAGCUCUCCUCGCGCCGGAAUCACCCCGUUGGCUCAUCUACCAAGGCCGGCGCGAGGAGGCCCUCGCCAUCCUGACAGAGUACCACGGUCACGGGGACGCUGACUCCCGCCUCGUUCGUUUCGAAAUGGCCGAGAUCACGGCGACGCUCGAAAUGGAAAAGGUCCAGCGCCUAUCCCGGUGGACGGAAUGGCUCUCUACCAGGGGCAACCGCCAUCGCCUCUUCCUGGCUUGCUAUAUUCCUGCUAUGCUUCAGUGGUCGGGUAAUGCGCUGACAUCCUACUACCUGGCCAAGGUGUUAGUGACUAUUGAUAUUACCGAUCCAAAAACGCAGCUCAUCAUUAACGCCUGUCUCUCCGUUUGGGGCUUCCUCACUGCUGCGGUGUUCGCGACACUAGUCGAUCGCGCCGGACGACGCCGCUUGUUCCUGUCCGGCAUGGGGAGUAUGGGCAUAGCGUACAUCAUCUGGACGAUCUGCUCUGCACUGAAUGAGAAACACAAUUUCGAGGAUAAAGGGUAUGCCGGCGGUGUGCUGGCUAUGAUCUUCGUCUUCAGCGCUGCGUACCACAUGUGCUCGCCUGUUGCGCCAACGUACAUAAUGGAAGUCGUCCCCUUUUCGCUGAGAUCCAAAGCGGCUAUGAUGUACCAGCUGACGGGGAAUCUUGCGGGUCUAUAUAACAGCUUUGCAAAUCCGGUUGCCAUGGACGCGAUUAGCUGGAGAUACUAUAUAGUUUGGUGUGUGGUCAUCGGCGUCAACUUCACCCUAAUAUUUCUGUUUUUCCCUGAGACGAAAGGCAAGGGCCUUGAGGAGGUUGCGGAGAUCUUUGAUGGACCCGACGCACUGGCAGGCAAGAACGCCAUGAGGGAGAUGGGGUUGGAUGUUAAUGCCGACAAGGCUGUUGCUGUUGGGGAGAGAAAGCAUGUUGAGGAGGCUUAG